AGUGCCGCUCCCUGGUGGGGGCUGUUCAUGGCGGUUCCGGGGUCCUCGACAGUUUUCCCGGUUAAGAUCCUAAAUCCGUCUGAAGUUGGGGCAGCAGAGCUUGAGGUGCUUGCUGGUGUGAAAUGACUGAGUAUAAACUGGUGGUGGUUGGAGCAGGUGGUGUUGGGAAAAGUGCGCUGACCAUCCAGCUAAUCCAGAACCACUUUGUCGAUGAGUAUGAUCCCACCAUAGAGGAUUCUUACCGAAAACAGGUGGUUAUUGAUGGUGAAACAUGUCUAUUGGACAUUCUGGAUACAGCUGGACAAGAAGAAUACAGUGCCAUGAGAGACCAGUACAUGAGGACUGGCGAAGGCUUCCUCUGUGUGUUUGCCAUCAAUAAUAGCAAAUCAUUUGCAGAUAUUAAUCUCUACAGGGAGCAGAUUAAACGAGUAAAAGACUCAGAUGACGUACCUAUGGUGCUGGUAGGGAACAAGUGUGAUUUGCCAACAAGGACUGUUGACACAAAACAAGCCCAUGAACUGGCCAAGAGUUAUGGGAUUCCGUUCAUUGAAACCUCAGCCAAGACCAGACAGGGUGUGGAAGAUGCAUUUUACACACUUGUAAGAGAAAUACGCCAGUACAGAAUGAAAAAACUCAACAGCAGUGAUGACGGGACUCAAGGUUGUAUGGGGCUGCCAUGUGUAGUGAUGUAACAAGAUUUUUACAAAGUUCUAUCAUCAGAAAAGAGCCACUUUCAAGCUGCACUGAUAUGCUGGUCCUGACUUCCCUGGAGGAGAACUGUCCCUGUUGCUCCCUUCAUCUCAGAGAGGAUCCUGCUGUUUCCCCGCCUCUCAGUAUCUGAGCACAGUCUCCGUUUGGGGACUCAGAAUAACUACCUCCUCACUUGGUUGUCUGACCAGAGAAAUGCACCUCUUGCUAAUUCCCCCGUACUUCUCUGCCCUGGGCUGUCCCCAACAAAAACACCUCUGCCACCCUGGUUUUUCAUCCAAAAAGCAGCUCAUGCUCUGAAACAGAACCAGACUUUGGACUGAAAGUCUGUUAAAAAAUUUCUCGGGUUCUAAAGUAGCAACUGCUGGUGACUUUUAUUUUCCUUUUUAUUUUUGAACUUGGGGCCCAUGUUAGAUUUUGGAGAAAUGUCAUAAAAUACUGUUUUGCCAAAUAUAUAAUUAUGUUGCUGAAUGUUUAGUUUACAGUGUUAUCAGCUAUAUUCUAUAAACUGGUAUCUGCUCUGUAUUCAUAAGUACAAAAAUGAAGCCAGAUAUUGUGGCUUCAUUCACAUACCAUUUGGGAGGCUGAGGCAGAAAGAUCACAAGUUCAAAGGCAGCCUGGAUAAUUUGGUGAGACUCCAUCUAAAAAAAAAAAAUGAAUAAAUUGGCUAGGGUAGCUUAGUAUUAGACCGCUCCUCAGUUCAGUCCAACUACUGAAAAGAAAAAUGGUAAAUACAAGAGUGAACACUGACUUUUGAGUCUAUCCUGGUCGCCUCAACUCUCAUGAAGUUAAAUCCAAGUUUGACGACAAAGUGCCUUUUUUCUAGAAGUGGUUUGUAGAUUUCCUUUAUAGUACUUAAAUGGAAUUGAGGUCGCAACCUUUAAAUAUAAAAUAUCUAUGGCUUGUCUAUCUUUGAGGGAAAGAUACACCUAUAUAAUAGCAGGUGCCAUUUCUUAUACAUACAAAGAUUUUUUUUUUUUUUUAAAUGUAUUUAGUAGAGUCUACAGGGUCUUCACUACA